UUCUCUGAGUGGCCAGCAGAUAGGCAGAGCAGGGCUCUCGUGUCUGUGCAAGUUGUUUUGUCUCUACAACGACCACAUGUUGACCACUAAGUCAGAAACUACUGCAAGACAGUUCAACUGGAAAGGUUUUAGAGACUAUUUGAAUUGGUGGAGACAUACUUGAAAAUGGAGCCUUUUUCUGACCAAUUUAUGGAAUUCCACCCCAUCCACGGUACCAACGUUAGACUGGACUACUCAGGAACCCAGGCCACCCGGGUGGAGAGCUUUGCCAAUGGAGUGUGUUUCAGCAAACACCCUCUGAAGCCUGGGGAAAUUUUUCUCAUAGAGAUCGAGGAUAAGGAGCUGGGCUGGUGCGGCCACCUCCGGAUCGGCCUGACCGCCAGGGAUCCCAGGACCUUAGAGGUGGUACCUGAGUACUCCCUCCCAGACUUGACAGACCUGGGAGACAGCUGGGUCUUUGCCAUCACUCGCAAUCACAACAAGAUCAUAGAGGAUCCUGGGGUCCAAGAGGUCGGAGAGGGAGGACUGGCGGGGGGUCAUAGGCUUGGGCGGGGGGAGGCUGAAGAUGGAGCUGGAGGUGUGGGAAAUGGAGGCGGAGGAGGCAACAGCAUGAAUCCAAAGACUUUCUUUACUGACUCUCACUUGCACAUCGAGAACGUUCGGAUCCCCAGAGACAAGCUGGUCGGUAGGAGCCGGCCCGGACGCUUCAGCCACAUUUUGGAUGACUUGUACAAGACCAACGCACUGCCUCCCACAGCCAGACGAAGCAGGAUAGGAGUACUGUACGUGCCUAAAGGCAGAGACCUGGCUGAUAUGCACAUUGUUAUCAAUGGUGAGGACAUGGGAGCUUCUGCAAAGGGGAUCCCCACAGUCCAGCCUCUCUAUGCUGUGGUGGACGUCUUUGCCGCUACCAAGUGUGUCCGAAUCGUCCAGGUGGAGUAUGGAUUUUCAUCCUUGCAAACAUUGUGCAGGAAGGCCAUUCAGAAGCACAUCGUCCACAGGAUGGCCAUUGACUGGCUGGAGCUGCCAGAGGCACUCAAGCACUACUGCAAGUAUGAAUGAAGGAUAAAGACCUACAACAGAUGGAAAUAUCAUUUCUGAACUCUCCCAGUUUCCAUCAAGAAAAGAAUAUUUAUUUUCAAUAUGAGACUCUGUGUUUUAUCAUACAAUAAAGCUGAAAGUGUUUUGAUGGUCA